GACGAAGCGUUUUUUAAAUUGAAAGAGGCGCGCAAAAAAUCAACAUACAAAAAAGUUUGACAACGUUUAUCUCUUGUAAAAUUUUACAAGACGUUCGCCGCCCAGUUUUACCUAUUUCUACCGUACUUUUGCCCCAAAAAUGGCCACGUUUCAAAUACACGAAGAUGUAUACUCCACUUUGGCCGAAAAUAAGAAGCCGAAGAAUUUCGAGCCUGUGAAAAGUCUCAAGUCGAAUAUCCCACGAGUCGCCCUUCAGCCCAUCCACACCUUCCAGCAGAACGCAAAGCGACCCAAGCCGGUGGAAAAAGACGAAGCUGUGAAAAUGCCACCGGUGAGUACAACCGUGGUGUCCCCAGCCCAAGUCGAGUGGCCCGUUAAAACGAUCAGACUUAAACCAGUGUUCAAAAAAAAUAAUCUGAUCGCGAAAGCGAAUUCGUUUGAGAAGGAGUACGAGGACGAGAUUUUGGAGUACUUGUUUGGUUUUGAGAAAAGGGCGCAAAUCAUAAAACCGUACUAUAUGACGAAGCAGUUGCACCUGAACUGGGAGAUGAGGAGUGUGCUUGUAGAUUGGCUCGUGAGCGUGGCUCACGAGUACAAGAUGAGUAACAACACGGUGCAUUUGACGGUAAACUAUCUCGACCGGUUUUUGAGCAACAUCUCGGUGAUAAGAAGCAAAUUCCAAUUGGUUGGAGCCACGGCGAUGAUGAUCGCCGGCAAAGUGGAGGAUGUGUACCCACCGGACUCCAAGGAGUGGUCCUACUUGACCAGAGACGCAUUCAGUGUUAAUGAGAUCCAUAAAAUGGAGCAGUUCAUGCUCAGAGUCCUCAAUUUUGAGAUGAACCCGCCCACGAUUUUGGAUUUCAUCAAACGGCUCUGCUCCAAACACAAGGUGGACAAGAAAACCACUUACCUAGCCAUGUAUUUGAGCGAGUUGGUGCUUCUCGAAGGCGACGAAUACUUGCAGCACUUUCCGUCGAAAUUAGCAGCGGCGUCUUUGGCCCUCGCGCGCCACACUUUAGCCAAGCCGGAGCCCUGGAACAGGAAAUUGGAGGAAACGGCCGGUUACACCUUGAAACAGUUGAGUCCAGUGGUCCAGAAGCAGCACAAAACGUUCAAGAGUUCACCGUUUAAGGAACAACAAGCCAUUCAGAAGAAAUAUGCCAGUGUAAAGUACCAAAGGGUGGCGCUUCUAAAACCGCGAAUUCUGCAGCUUGAUGAUGAAGAGUGAUUAUAGAAAUAGGUACUUGUGACUACAAUUGUUCCAAUUGUUAUAAAUUGUAUGUGGAAUUAAUAAAGUAUUGUCAAGUGUUA